UUUUUUUUUUACAUUUCGCUGGAAGCGGACGUGGGCGCGCGUGCUGUUGAAAUUCUGAACGGAAUACGAGACUUGUGUGAGACACUAGUGGAUUACACAAAACGAAACGAAAUAAAAUAACCAGCCGAAAUAUUAAUAACAAAUCGCGAAUAAAUUAACGCGUCGUGCAAAGAAAAUAAUUCAAAUAAAAUAUCACAAAUUCUGUUCAGUGUUACAACCAAAAAGCAGAGCGAAAUUCAUUAAGCAAUACCAUUGGAAUAAUUGGCUUGAAUCUGAUAAAGUUAGAUAGCUAAAGUUAUAGAAAAUUUCUUGACAAAUAUCCGUUGGAGUAUAAACGCAGAAAAGCGGAAAUAAGGAAUUCCUGUACGGUUCAUUUUUUUUCGAGUGAGUGUGUGCUGUUUUUAUUUUUUGGAAAAUACUACAACAAAACGUAGAGGAGAGGCAAAUAAGAAAGGGGAAAUAAGAAAUAACAAGUUGAAAGAAAAUAACAAAAAACCGGAUUCCCAACAGAAACAACAACUUAAGAAGCAGCAGCACCAGCGCAGGCUUCCAAUAUCGCAUUUGUUGUAGUUGUUGCGCAAACGCACUGGAAGACCUAAAGAGAGGAGGAUCACUUAAGGCUGCCGCUCUCUCUCUGUGAAAAACUGGCAAAAAGGAGAAGAUCGCAAGAGGGAGAAUCGACAAUAUAAUCGGAGCCACAUCAGGCAGUAACAUCAGCAGCCACGACCACAGACGUCGCUAAUUGCAACACAACGGCAUCAACCUCAACCACAACAGCAGCAACAUCCAGCUCCGGAAUUCCUCGGCCUUCGUGGCACCUGGCGUCCAUCAGCCACCGGGUUGAAGAGAGGCAACUCCAAGCCAUAUAAAGUAAAUCAGAUUAGCACACAGUCCGAGUCAUUAUGGCCCACUCGAAGGUGAUCCUGAAGAUCCUGUUUUCGCUAUGCGUCUGGUCAUUCGUCAUCAUCGGGCUGUUCAAGAUGCACGGGACGAAUCUGGUGCCGCAGGAGUACCAGCAAGUGCCACUUAACGGACGCAUCCUGCUGCAGAAGGACAUGCGGUUCGCCGAAACCACCUCCACCACCACGGAUCACUUCGAUCCCAGCGAGAUACUGGUGGACAAUCGAACAGCUAUGGACGAUGACCAGCUGGUCCGCGACGUGGAGUCCCGCAUCCCCUCGCUGCCAAUCGCCUACUGGAGCAAGAACAAGAACUUCCUGCAGCAGAAGUCCUCCACCUGCGCCAAGUACCCCUCCAUUUUCGAACUGGAGUUCAACAACAUCUACUGGCAGACGCUGCGCACCUCGAACGGAACUUUCCAGCUAUUCGGGGCUUACUACGACAUCAGGCGCACCUCGCUGCUGGGUCCCACAGUAAGGAUCCUAGGGAUGAUCGACCGCAUUGAGCCCAAGGUGAAGACCUACUGCCAGUUUUGGUUCGACGGCCAGAAAGAGCCGUUUAUCGUGAAGACGUUCGAGUACAAGUACAUCUGGUAUAACAAGUGGGGCAACUAUAAGCAGGGCAUCUACCAGCCAUACCUAAUCGCCUGCCAGAUCCCCAAGCCCUUCCACGGUGUAGUUCCUAGCUCCGUGUCAAUGGUGGAGAAGGAGUGCGACACGGCUACCAAUAACCUGCGGGUGAUCUACAACCGACCGCCCGACGAUCAGAAAAAGGGAUUCGCCGUCUGUGUCAAGGGAUUGGACUUCCUCUACGACGACCUGAGUGUGCGCCUGAUCGAGUGGAUCGAAAUGCUGAAUAUUCUGGGGGCCGACAAGAUAUACUUCUACAAUCUGCAGGUCCACCCCAACAUCACAAAGGUGCUCAACCACUACGAGCAGGAGGGCAAGGUCCAGGUGAUUCCGUUGACACUUCCCGGCGGACAGCCGAAUGUGCCCGGAUUCCAGCACCUUUAUCUGACCAAGAAGACAAACCACAAGCGCCAGAACGAGGUGAUCCCAUACAACGACUGUCUGUACAAAAACCUCUAUCUCUACGACUAUAUCGCACUUCUGGACAUCGACGAGGUGAUCAUGCCCAAGGGUGGGGCUGUUUUAUGGUCGGAGUUGAUGGACAAGGUGCGUCCGGAGUCACGGAAAAUAAAACCGGAUGGAUUCCACAGCUACAACUUCCGCAACGUGUACUUCUUGGACGAUCAGCAGCACGAGCACGGCUGGCACAAGGACAUACCCAAGUACAUGCAUAUGCUCCAGCACGUCCACCGGGCCAAGAACUACACCAAGCCCAAUCAGUAUGUUAAGUGCUUCCACGAUCCGGAGCGUGUGCUCACCUUGCACAAUCACUUCCCACUGAGCUGUUUGGGCGGAGUCUGCAAGUCUUACCCGGUGGAUACGCAAGACGCCCAGCUGCAGCACUAUCGGGCGGACUGCGUCAAGACGCUGAAGAAGAGCUGCGAGGAGUACAGGGAGCAUUCGGUGGAGGACAAGACCAUUUGGAAGUACAAGGACGAGUUAAUCCGACGCACUAUUAAGGCGCUGGAUACCCUGGGCUUCUUCCGCCGCCAGGGAUUGAACUCGGUUUCCGGUUCGGGGAGCAGCAGCGGAAUUGGCGGGGGAGCCACCACCCAUUCCACGGAACGGUGAUUCACACUCCUCGGGGGCGGAGGAGGCGGAUGGUCCUGGCCCUGGCAAUUGGUUGAAGCAUCCGGCAGCAGCCUCGGCAACGAGGAGUUCUUUGUAUGAGGAAAUCCAAGGAUGCUGCAAGUUUUCAAUCCAAAUCCGAACCCAAAACCCGUCCUCCGAGCCCUGAGUUUCUGUUGCGCAGAGAUCACUCGCCUCUGAGUUAAGUUAGUAAGUCCAGAGUUCCGAUCCAGAACCCCAAGAAAGUUCAACUGUUUUUUAUUGAAUUUCGAUGGAAUUUGUGUACACUUUUAGAUCGUUGACAAAGCUACACAUUUAAGUAUUAACAUAUACCUUAAUAAUGCGUUUAUAAAAUCUGUAAUAUUCUACUCUUUCGCCCCCUUAUGGGACACGAAAUAAUUAACUUCUUAAGUUCUAAAGAUCGCCCAGCAGAUUCCAUCGAGUUCAAAGACCGAAACAGGGUUUAUAAAAGUAUGGCUAGUGUAUAGAAAAGGCGUUAGUUAGUCGCGAUGUUGGGAGAGAACACUUUUGAAAUUGUGCCUUCGAACCUGGAUUGUAGUGAGACCCGUCCUGUCCUUCCUCAAAUUCCUACCUAACAUCCCAAUUAUCUAUUUCCAUUUACAAAAAACAAAAAGACAAGGUCACAAAUGAAGACCAACAAUAUUUGCUUGAGUUGACAACAGAGAAAGAGGGAGUCGGGGAGAAGGGGAUAUCUUAGCAAAUGGACGGAAACCUAAACUAAGUUCAAGACUGAUGAUGUUUUUUAAGAAUUAUAAAAUCGAGAGGGAAUUUCAAGCGAAUUUUUGUUUUCACUUUUGGAUAGAAUUGAUAUUAUUGUUGUUGUAUGGGCAUGUAAAAGCCCCCUAAAAAUCGCAAGCGAAAAAUAUCACUACGGCUAAGCAAAGCAAAAAAACAAAAAACAAAAACUUAACUAAAAACACAAAGCAAAUUGAACAAGUUUGAGUUGUAAACUGUAAAUAGGAAAAUUGUUAUCGAAGAACACGAGGCCCUAAGAAUAAACUUAAACCUAUAUGCAGAUUAAGCCGAUUAAAGUCGGAUAAACUAGCAGAAUAUUGAAGCGGAGAAGCCGAUUAUUAAGAGAACAUGCUCAACCCAAUCUUCUAUGGUGUUUGGUGUUUCUGCAAUCACCGACCAUUACUCGAUAUUCAUAUUUUUUUAACUGUACAUACAUAGACACAUACAUAUAAACAUAAUACAAACACCUAACUACACCACGCACAUUUCCUUAUGUUUUCAAUGAAAUUCUAUUUUAUUUUAUUUUAUUUUACCUUAACUUUUAUAGCGGCUUAGUCAAAUUGUUGUUGGAGUUAAAAAAAGAGUCGUGUACAUUUUGGGCACCCACUAAAACUAUUCGAUAGUUGUAUGACUAUGCAUAAAGUACACAUAUACAUAUAAAUAUACAGAUACAUAUACAUAUACAUAAACAUAAACAUAUACAGAUACAGAUAUAGACAUAGAUAUAUACUUCAGUGUAUUAACGUUAGUUGCUAGCUGGUAAGAACAACCCGUGUGAAGGAAAGCCAAUUUUCUUUCCUUAUUUUUUUGCGUAGGUAAUAAACCACAAUUGAUAUGAAAACAAAGUGAUUCAAGAAUAAAAUUUGCAAAAAAAAGUG